AUGGCUAUUCUCACUAUCGCCUCAAGGGCAGAUCUGGCUCUUGUUCUCCCAGUCAUUCUCGGCACAAUGUAUGUCUCGCACAGGAACCCCGCACAUGACAUUCCUAUCGAGUACGAGGACGUCGAAUCGCUGCGCGAUCACGAGAGCGCGUGUCUUACGACAGGCAAAGGACAGCGGAUCACCGAUGCAGCAAUUCUGUGCUAUUUAAUGAAUAAUCUCGACACGUCGGCGUCAAAACGGAUAACUGAGUGGCUGCAUCGAUCCACGCAGCUGGCUGUACCAGACUUGAAAGAGCUAGAGCAUCCCAUGAUGAAUCUUGAAUCCCAUCUCACACUUCGCUCGCACAUCGUCGGUUACUCACUAACCUUAGCCGACCUUGCCGUCUGGGGUGUCCUUCGCGGAAACACAGUGACGACCAGUCUUCGCAUGACCUACGUAAACAUUAAUCGAUGGUUCACAUUUAUCGAAGCCAGCAACCCUUGGAUUUGCACAGCAUUAGAGAGCCUGAAUAGUGCUGCCUGUCGAAAGAAAGUCGCUGCUAGUCCCGUCAGCGCAAGCUUUAAGACCGGGUUGAAGAACACCGCCAGCGGCAUCGUUACGCGGUUAGUCAAGCCGAUGAUGCAUCAUUCAGAUUGA